CUCCGGGCGACGGCGAGGCGGCAGCGGCCUGGUAGGCGCGCGGCAGCCAGUCUCCAAAAUCCAUCAUGGAUUAUCUCUCUAAACCCGGGUUCCUCAGUGUCAUCGCUGGAGUCGCGUGCGGAGUGUGCCUGGGAUGGGGCAUUCGCGGGAGACUUUUAAGGCAGCCCAAAGCCAGAAUGACCGCGCCUGCGAACGACCUGGGGAGCGAAGCUAACAUCAUGGGAGAAUCCGGGGAGUUCAAGAUGGUGCUGAUUGUCCGCAAUGAUUUGAAGAUGGGAAAGGGUAAAGUAGCAGCGCAGUGUUCCCAUGCUGCUGUUUCCGCCUACAAGCAAGUUCAGAGAAGAAACCCUGAACUCCUGAAACAGUGGGAGUACUGCGGACAACCUAAAGUGGUCCUCAAAGCUCCUGACGAAGAGACUCUGAUCCAACUCCUGGCCGAUGCUAAGCACCUCGGACUGACUGUGAGCUUAAUACAAGAUGCGGGUCGUACUCAGAUAGCUCCAGGCUCCCGGACAGUCCUGGGUAUUGGACCGGGACCAGCUGAUGUAGUAGAUAAAGUUUCUGGUCACCUAAAACUCUUCUAAACCAGGGACCAAAGAAAUCUGAAUGCAUUGGUGUGUAUCAGAUAAAAUCCAGGUUUGGGGAUUUUUCCGUACGUUCUCUCAGUAUAAAUAAAAUAACCAAGUUUUGUAA